AAUCUUUUAUUUUUUUUAUUUUAUCCCACUUCUUUUCAGGCAUAACGCACGUUUAUCUCUUACUUCCCCAAUUCUUUUUCCUUUCUUCUGAUUUUUUCGCUAUAAUUUUCCAACAACGCACUCUGUCUCCCACCCACACUCACAUUGUUUGGCCUCGAAAACAUCUCGUGUCAGUCUCUUUCUUCGAACAAACCAUUUUUCUUCGAAAUGGGCCUACACAGUAUAUUACUGAUUGUUCUUUGUCCAGCGUUUUGAGUUUGUGUGUUUGUAUGUGCGAGUGAAAAAGAAGAGUGUGCUAGUGUAAUUGCUUUAUUUUUCAACAUAUAUUCUCAGACCUGGGUUUAAAAUUCUUACAUUGAUCUUUAGUUUGUCGUUCAUUGUUUUGCAUGUUCUUUACAUAAUUAAGAAAAUGCAUUUCGAACCAUUUUUGCGCUUUUCACUUAAUUUUCUCAUCCGGGCUUAUGAUUUUUUUAUUUUUUAUUUUUUGGGUUUUUUCAAUUCAAUCAUUUCUUUUGUUUUAUCAAAUUUUUAUGAAAUAAAGUUUCAUUAGUUUAACUGGAAAAUUUCCCCUUUGUCUUAUCUGAUUAGUUUGGUAUCUUUUGAUUAGUAAAAAACAAAAAUUAACCAAAAAAAAAAAGAAAAAAAAGGAAAAAAAAAAAAGGAAUCUUUGGAUAAGGGCAGAGUGAAAAGAGGGGGCUUUUGAUAAAUUUAGUAUUCAAUCUUUGAUAUACGGAAUUUUCUUCUAGGGUUUGGAUGAAAAUGGUGCUAGGUCUUGAAGCUAUCAAUGCUGAUUCUAUGAAUGCGGGCAAAUCAAAAUCAAAGGGAAGAAAAGACAUACACAAUGAUGAUGAUGAAGAUAAUGCUGAGGAGGCUGGUUGUUGGACUAAGUUCAGAUUUUUCGGACGCUGCUUAUCCUCCAGGACUAAAGAUGAUAGCUCUGUUAGUGGCUCGAGCUCUAAAUAUGCUGAAAGUAAAUCUACAAAUGAUACGAGUAGAGACCAACCAGUUGCUCCAGUCAUAUCAUCUUCGACAACCAGCAACACAGAAAGUAUACCAUCUACUCCUAAUGUAGGCGAGGAAUUGAAAAUUUCUUCUCAGCUUCGAAGUUUCACCUAUAAUGAAUUGAAGAUUGCAACGAGGAACUUUAGGCCUGAUAGUCUCCUUGGGGAAGGUGGCUUUGGUUGUGUUUUCAAAGGUUGGAUCGACGAGACUGGAUACACUCCUGUGAAACCUGGCACAGGGCUCACAGUUGCCGUGAAAACUCUCAAUCAUGAUGGACUUCAAGGCCACAAAGAGUGGCUUGCUGAAGUAAAUUAUCUCGGUGAGCUCAUCCAUCUAAAUUUGGUUAAAUUAAUAGGCUAUUGCAUAGAGGAUGACCAAAGGCUCUUGGUCUAUGAAUUUAUGCCUCGGGGAAGCUUGGAGAAUCACUUGUUUAGAAGGUCCCUGCCUCUUCCAUGGUCCAUAAGAAUGAAAAUUGCAUUGGGUGCAGCAAAGGGACUUGCAUUUCUUCAUGAAGAAGCUGAAAGACCAGUUAUAUAUAGAGAUUUUAAAACAUCAAACAUCCUACUAGAUGCAGAUUAUAACGCGAAGCUUUCUGAUUUUGGUCUUGCCAAAGAUGGUCCUGAGGGAGAUAAGACACAUGUAUCUACUCGUGUGAUGGGAACAUAUGGCUAUGCUGCCCCCGAGUAUGUGAUGACAGGACAUCUAACAGCAAAGAGUGACGUGUAUAGUUUUGGUGUGGUUUUGCUUGAAAUGUUGACUGGGAGAAGAUCUAUGGAUAAAAGCCGACCAAAUGGGGAACACAACUUGGUGGAAUGGGCAAGACCAUAUCUCAGAGAGAGAAGAAGGUUCUACAGGCUCAUAGAUCCCCGUCUUGAGGGUCAUUUCUCAAUCAAAGGUGCGCAGAAGGCUGUGCAGUUGGCGGCUCUAUGUCUUAGCCGUGAUGCAAAAGCUCGACCUCUGAUGAGUGAAGUUGUGGAAGCCCUUGUACCGCUGCCUAAUUUGAAGGACGUGGCUUGUUCCUCCUCCUAUUUCCAGGCCAUGCACUCGGAACAUGCUGGUGCAAACAUAAAUGCAAGAAUUGGAGUUAGAAUGCAUGUUGGUGGUUCCCUAAAGAAUGGGCAGCCAAGUUGGAGUCCAACCAUGCCAUCCCGUCUCCACGCCUCGCCAAAUCAUCAUAUUCAACCUCUCAGUUCACCAAAACUGGACAAAUAAUAACCAGAACGUGUUCGUAUCAUUCUUCUAAAAAUUCUUUUGUCAUGUGACUGAUUCUCUCAUUGAAGGUGAGGCAAGUUACUUAAGCUGCAGUUUUGGUGGAUGUUUGGACUCUUUUCGCUUGUUUGGUGAAAUGUGAGUUGGUAUUUCAUAGGCAAAAUGACCGGAAUUAGAUGUUUUGUGGAUAGUUUGAUUCCAAUACCUUUUUUGUUAAGACUUUCUUAUAAAACAUUCCAUAUUUUGGAUCA